AUGUGGUGGUGGCUGCUUGGGGUUUUCAGCUGUGUGCUGCUGGUGGUGGUGGUCAUCUUCUUCCUGACCAGCGGGCAACGUUACAAGGUGUUCAGCGAGAAGUGCCUGAGGCCGCCGGAACCCUUGGUCACCGACAGCCGGCAGAGGGAUGACAGGCUGAAGAGAGGGUUUCGUGCGGACCGCGCCCCGGCUCUGGAUGCGGUGGUGAUUGGCAGCGGUGUCGGGGGUUUGACAGCAGCAGCGCUUUUGUCCAAAGCUGGCAAGAGGGUCCUAGUCCUGGAGCAACACGAUCAGGCUGGAGGCUGCACACACACCUUUAAUAAUAAGGGAUUUGAGUUUGAUGUGGGUAUCCAUUACCUGGGCCAGCUUCACGAGGGCAGCUUGCUGAGGGUUGCUCUGGAUCAGAUCACAGAGGGACAGUUGCAGUUCACACGGCUGGAGCAGCACUUUGACACACUGUUCCUGGGUCAGUGUGACCAGCGCAGGGAGUACCAUAUCCAUGCAGGGAAGACUGAGAUGGCAGAUAGCCUUAAGAAGCAGUUCCCAGGAGAGGAGGAGGCCAUUGAUGAGUUCAUGAGAUUGAUGAAGCUAGCCUCACGGCGGACACCACUCAUCGCCACCUUGAAGAUCAUACCUUAUUGGCUGGCUAACUUCCUGGUUCGUUCCGGCCUUUUGCAUCGCAUAUCUUCAGUGUUCCGCCUAGCAGCAACCAACCAUACAGAAAUCAUGUCCCGCCUCACAAAAAACAAGGACCUGCAAGCACUGUCUGCCUACCUGUUCUAUGGUGUCCCUCCUAAAGACUCCAGCUUUCUCAUCAACGCUCUCCUGCUUCACCACUACAAGCGUGGUGCGUACUACCCACGGGGGGGCUCCAGCGAGUUUGCCUUUCAUAUCAUCCCUGUCAUUGAGAAGGCAGGCGGCGCUGUGUUGGUCAGGGCUGCUGUGCAACGCAUCCUGCUCAACCAGCAAGGGAAGGCCUUUGGUGUGACGCUGCUGAAAGGAAAAGAAGAGAUUGAGGUCCAUGCCCCUGUUGUCAUUUCCAACGCUGGAAUCUUCAACACCUUCCAGAAGUUUCUGCCUCAACCAGUACAGGACAAACCAGAGAUCAAGUCACUGUUGGGUUUGGUGCGUCAUGGUAUGGGUUCCUUCCUGGUCUUUGUUGGUCUGGAUGGAACCAAAGAGGAGCUGGGCAUUGUUUCCACAAACUUCUGGAUGUAUAAAGACAAUGACUUGGACACACUCGUGAGCGGCCACCUUACUCUCUUGGGGUCGGAUGAUUCUUCUCUGAGCAGAGAGCAGGUAUUGGGAAACAUUCCCAUGAUGUUCAUCACCUUCCCAUCCGCUAAAGAUCCCACAUCCAAUAUCAGACACCCAGGAAAGUCCUGCAUGACGUUGCUAACCAUGGCUCGCUAUGAGUGGUUCGAGGAAUGGGAGGGGACAAAGCUUGGCAGGAGGGGUCAGAAUUACGUGGAUAUGAAAAACAGUAUGGCCCAAGAGCUGCUGGACUGGGCACUAACAAUCUUCCCUCAACUGCGGGACAAGGUGGUGAUGAUGGAUGCUGCCACUCCUCUCACUAAUGUCCACUACUUGGGAGCUCCGAGAGGUGAGAUGUACGGUGCUGAACACAACCUGGAGCGCUUCACCCCAGACACAGUUGCCAGGACGCGACCACAGACACCUAUUGAUGGACUCUACCUCACAGGUCAGGACGUAUUCUGUAACGGCAUGGCUGGGGCGUUGCAUGGUGGACUACUCUGCGCAUCUGCCGUACUCAACCAGAUCCUCUACAUUGACCUUCUGGCCCUGAAGUCCCGCCUUAAAAACAAACAGACCAAUCAUCAGACAACCUGGUAA